CGCAUGGCUCGUGCGCGACAGCUUGCCGCAAAAAUUUCAAAACUUCAGAGUGCUCAGAAAAAAUAUCCCAGCUCGCUAUCGACAACACGCCGACUUGGACUGGUGGAAUUGAUCAAUUGCGCAAGGUACUCCCGCCACCAGCGCAUUUCCCCCGUCAUCCCACAGUUUCAGAGAAAUCAAUAGUCACAAUGGUGGCCGUCAAUUAUCUGCUCUUCGAGAGCGCCGUCGGCUUUGCCCUCUUUGAGGUCGUGCACCAGGCCGACAGCGUUGGUCUGCAGCUCCCCGAGGUGAAGGAGGCCAUGACCAGCCUCGACAAGUUUGGCAAGAUGGUCCAGUUGCGCAGCUUCAACCCAUGGACCUCUGCCGCCCACGGUUUGGAGGCCAUCAACCUCGUUUCCGAAGGCAUCAUGCCCGACCACCUCAAGAACACCCUCGAACUCAACCUCCCCCAGACCAGCGGAAAGAAGAGCAAGAUUGUUUUGGGCGUCGUCGACAAGAGGUUAGCAGGCGAGAUCACCUCUGUCUUUACCGGUGUCCAGUGCGAAUCCGCCGAGACCUCCGAGGUCGUCGCUGCUCUCCUCCGUGGCAUCCGUGUCCACGCUGGUAAGCUCCUCAAGGGCCUCCAGGAGGGUGAUAUCAACCGUGCCCAGCUCGGUCUCGGCCACGCCUACUCCCGCGCCAAGGUCAAGUUCAGCGUCCACAAGAACGACAACCACAUCAUCCAGGGCAUUGCGACUCUCGACGCGCUCGACAAGGGUAUCAACCAGGGCGCUAUGCGUGUCAGAGAGUGGUAUGGCUGGCAUUUCCCCGAACUUAUCCGCAUUGUCUCCGACAACGGCACCUACGCCAAGAUGGUCAUCGCCGUUGGCAACAAGAAGACUCUCACUGACGAGAGCGUUGACGAGAUCGCCAACGUUCUCAACCAGGACCAGGACAAGGCCGAGGCCGUUAUCCAGGCCGCCAAAGUCUCCAUGGGUCAGGACAUCAGCGAGACUGAUCUUGCCAUGAUCAAGGACCUCGCCUCCAACGUGGCCGAGAUGGCCGACUACAGACGCAUCCUCGCCGAGUCCCUCGACAAGAAGAUGGGCGAUGUUGCUCCUAACCUCCAGGUCAUCCUCGGCACUCCCGUUGCUGCCCGCCUUAUCUCCCACGCCGGUUCCUUGACCAACCUCGCCAAGUACCCCGCCUCUACUCUCCAGAUUCUCGGUGCCGAGAAGGCUCUUUUCCGCGCUCUCAAGACCAAGGGCGCUACUCCCAAGUACGGUCUCCUUUACCAAAGUUCUUUCAUUGGCAAGGCCGGUCCCAAGGUCAAGGGCCGCAUCUCCCGUUAUCUUGCCAACAAGUGCUCGAUCGCUUCCCGUAUCGAUAACUUCAGCGAGAACCCAACCCGCCGUUUCGGUGAGGUGAUGCGCGACCAGAUCGAGCAGCGCCUCGAGUGGUACGCCAAGGGCACCAAGCCAAUGAAGAACAUUGAUGCCAUGGACAAGGCCAUCAAGGCCGUUAUGGACGACGAUGAGGGAGGCAUGGACAUCGACUCUGAGCAGGUCGACCACAUGGCUCCCAAGGAGGAUAAGAAGGACAAGAAGGACAAGAAGGAGAAGAAAGACAAGAAAGAGAAGAAGGACAAGAAGAGGAAGAGCGUCGGUGCCGAGGACGUCGAUAUGGUUGACGCGGCGGAAGAGCCUUCCAAGAAGAAGAAGAAGAGAAAGUCUGUGGCUGCUGAGUAAGAAAAUGUGCAUUUUUUCUGCUUUGCAUUGCUGUGCUGGACUAGUUGGCUGAGAACGGGGGGCUCUGAACAUUGCUUGAAAGCGCGAGCCUCUCGUCUGGUUUGGCUGGUCAUCUUCUGUCUUUUGAUCAUGUCCUUUUUUCCUUUUCUCAUUUUCUUGGAGUUCUAUGGGUUUCUUGGGGCAAAAUGUUUGGCAACUGGAGUUUUCGGGGAUACUCUCGUGUGUAGUAAAGCUUUUUUUGUAGACGCCAUGCUCUCUUCCUGUGUUCCUUUUGAUGUAACAUACCCGU